AUGUCCGUGAGCGAAUGCUCUGGUACUAUUUUGUUACCCGAGGUUUCAAGACCGCAGAAGAAAAUCGAUAAAGGAGUUAAGGAGGAAGCGGAACAGAACCGUCUUCGUGACGCAUCAGGGGUCUUUGGAGGACUCAGGAUGAUUUUGCGUGCUUCCGUCAAGGAUCAGAUGAAUGAGACAGCUUAUUAUUGGCAGCACUCUACUGUUCGCGAGAGUCUGCGCGAGCUUGGUUCCAGCCAGUUUACAAUAUCUCCUUCUGACGUAUAUAAGCUUUGCGUCUAUUUAUUGGACAGAGCUCAACUGAUGGGCAAACAAAAUGUGAUCCUUUUGCGAAGACUACUGCAGUCAUGUCGUUCCUCUUCCGGAUGCAUUCCUGACCCUGACUUGCCAGUCAACAGUCAAGUACCAUCCGGGAAAACAGAUUUUGAUGAGUCAUCUGCAAUCCCACCCUUAUCCGUUGACCCCAAAUUAUCCAACCUUACUAUGUCAAACACAGUGAGAAAUCCUACGGCCACUAUACCCACUCCGCGUCCUAUGAGUGAAACCAUUGAAACACCCACGGCCUCCCGGGUAACCGGUCACUUUUGCGCAACUAAACUCUCAUUUCAGCAACUGAGUUCGGCUAAAGCGCGGCGUGUCCCCUCUUCUCGUAUUGGUCGGAUUGCUGGAUUCGGAAAUCUGGCUAUCGGACUGGGUCUUGGCGCAGCCACCGAAUGGACAAAGAGGAAAAUUGGUUAUGGUGACUCACCCACUUUAGCUGGCGAGAUCAACAACCCAUUCCUUACGGAUGCUAAUUUGGAACGUAUCGUGGAUACUCUCUGUCGUAUGCGCGGUGCCGCUCUCAAGCUCGGUCAGAUGCUAAGCAUUCAAGAUGAAAAUACUAUCCAUCCCAAAGUUCAGAAAAUUUUUGAGAGAGUCAGGCAAGCGGCUGAUUUUAUGCCGGCGAAGCAGAUGCACAAAGUAAUCACUGCAUCACUCGGUUCGAACUGGUCCAGUCUUGUGGCGAAAUUCGAUGAGCGCCCGUUCGCCGCAGCUAGCAUCGGUCAAGUGCAUCGUGCUGUACUUAGUGAUGGCAGGGUAGUCGCAAUGAAGAUCCAGUAUCCUGGCGUGGCGGACAGCAUCGAUGCAGACAUUAAGAACCUGAUGACACUCUUGAACCGAUUCGACAUCUUACCGCGUGGUCUCUUUGCCGAACAGGCGGCCAAUGUUGCAACUCGGGAACUAAGGGAGGAAUGCAACUACAUACGCGAAGCCUCCUAUUGCAAACAGUUUGCCUCGUUGUUGGCCGAUGAUCCCGUGUUUCAGGUGCCUGCUAUCGUUGAUGAGUUAACCACAGACCGUGUGCUCACAGCCGAAUUCAUGGAGGGUCUAGUGCUGGAUGAUUGUUGUACAUUGCCACAAGAUGUCAGAAAUUGGAUUGGUGAACAGGUGCUCCGCUUGUGUCUGAAAGAGCUGUUUGUUUUCCGGACAAUGCAGACUGACCCUAACUGGUCUAACUUUUUGUACAAUCCGAAAUCCGGGAAAAUUGUUCUCCUGGACUUUGGAGCUUCCAGAGAAUUCAAAAAGACAUUCAUCGAUGUGUAUAUUCGUCUGAUUCACUGUGCAGCCGAAGGCGACCGCGAGGGUAUUCUGCAUUAUUCCCGAGAACUGGGUUUUCUGACAGGCUACGAGAGCAAGCGACUGAAAAAUGAGGUGGCCUGGUGCACCACAUUCAGUUGCCUGGAAACAUCAAAACCGGGAGAUGCAGCUGGAUUCCAGGUAAUGUUACAAGCUCAUGUGGAUGCAGUUAGUAUCCUAGGCGAAGCAUUCGCCUCUCCUGUUCCAUUCGAUUUCGGUCAUCAGUCUACGACUCGUCGAAUCAACCGUCUUAUCCCCGUCAUGAUCGAACACCGCCUUACCCCUCCUCCAGAAGAGAGUUAUUCACUCCAUCGCAAGAUGUCUGGCUGCUUUCUUUUGUGUGGAAAAUUGAAGGCCGAGGUCAACUGUCGUCCCCUGUUCUACCAGAUUUGGAACAACUAUGAAUUCAAUAACGUUGAAUCGGCGACCAAUUAUUCAUCACAACAGCCUUAGCUUUUGUGUUUGUGUAUAGCCUCGAUAUAUGUAGUUAAUACAUUCUGAUCCCUUCUGGUCUUUCUUCUCAGUAGUUAUUCAGAGACUGAUAGAAUGGUUUUUCUACACCAUCCACAUACUUUCAUUUUAGGCGGAGUUUGAUGAUGGUUUCCUGCCGACGCGCCGAUUCACCUUCCUUGGGUCAAGAUGGUGAUUCGGGACAGCAACUGUCUCCUGAUCAGUGGCACACGAGUGGUGACUACGCCGAAGAAGAGACAGAGGAUGCACCACCAGUCUUAGUUGGCUAUGUGCCACUAGGUAGUGAAGUCCUUCAUACACUGGAUGCUGGAGAUAAUGAAAGCGAUGGAGAUGAGCAGGUCAUUACUUAUACGGAACACUUGACCGUGCAUCGAGAAGAAAUUGAGACUACCAAUUCUCCAGAUCCCGUUGCAGAGGCAAGCGGUAGUAUCAUGGACUUGGAUGUUGAUCAGCUUCUCCUUGCUCAGCUUCAACGAUCUGAUUUUGAACUUUGUGGUGGAGCUGGAGACGCGUCACUAUACACUGACCCCUUGCCUGAUUCUACUCAAACCACUUUGUGGAACAGGACCGAGCGCUCAUCUGACGACCGCAUAACAAUGGAUAGUGAAAAGGUCCAAGAGAUACGCGCUUGCAUGUCAAGGUUCUCGUUACCUCCAAGUGGUUUCCCGGAUUGGGCCAGAGAGAUUCCGGAAGAACUUUGGACUAAACAAUUAAUAGAACGGCUAAAGGGGAAGCACGCACAUCACGGAAACUGAAACCAUAUCUACUGGUGGAAUUUGCACCAAUCUGUAUUUAUACUUUCGAGACUUGGACUUCAAUCCUAUUUGCAUUUGACUUCAGUCACUUUUUUGUGUUAUUUUCCAUGGCACCGGAUAAAUCGUUUCAUUCUCUAAAAUGAAUUGUUCUAACGCGCUUUUGGAUUCGCACUUUGCAUGGCGAUCAUGCGUAAAAAUACUAUUAUAGGCGGUCACUUUCCUUCAUUGCAUCGAUUACCGGAAAUUGUCGUAUUAGUGUGGAGCCCAGUAGAAGUCACUCGAACUCUACAUGUAGUCUAUCGUCAGUCGCGUGACUGUUUGUUCCUAUCUGUCCACUUUAUGGAUUUAAGCUACACUGAGCGAUAGUUUCUUCAUAACGUAUCUAUUGUCCCCUCAUGAGUGCCAGAAAUUCAAGGCUGUUUGUAUCCACUGUUUUCUCU